UUUUUCAAAGUCAAACCAGCUGGGCUAUGUUGCAUAUGCGACAAUUGCAUCUUCAAUCUUCUGCUGGUAAAUCCUGCAAUCAGCCCGGGUAAUCAACGCACUGAGGAGAAAGGUGAGGAAAGGCCUUUUCAGCGGCUCGAAGGUUAAAAACAUGGCUCCGCUCUACAAUGACUCAAGAAAGAUUCAGUUAUCUGACAGUACUAAACACGACAGCCACAAAGAAAGGAGAGACAAAUUUGCCUUGCCGACGACUGGCAAAUGAAUUGGUGAUCGUAACGUUAAUCGGAAAAGAAAUUUCGUUACAUUUACAGAAUCCGAUUUGAUGACAGUAAGCCAGUAAACCACGCCAAAAAUGAAGUUGCGUUCUCUCACUUUGGCUCCCGGGUUUGGCUGUGUAUGGUUACACACUUUCUUUUGUUGCUAACUUUAAACUGAAUACUUGAUCGAUGAGUUGUAAUUGUAUUACGGUAAAUAGUAUCGAAUCGGGACCAGGUUUUGGUGGAAAAUUGCAUUUAACUUUCUUCGAAUUAAUUUAAAAUAUCUGAAUGCUUGAUGAGUUGUAAUUGUAUUACGGUAAAUAAUAUCCAAUCGGGACUAGGUUUUGGUGGAAAAUUGCAUCUAACUUUCUUCGAAUUAAUUUAAAAUAUCUCUUGUUUCUUCUUUUCUUGAAAAAAGCUCCACGUUUUCUCCUACUGCGGAGCAAUUUUUAAGAUCCGCGGCCCUUGUGAAAGCAAAAACGCGCCAUUUUCCUCUUUCUUGAUUUGGGUGAAGGGGGAGGCUAAAUUUUCCGUAGUUUUUGUCCCGACAUGGUUGUGAGUGCUCCUCCGUUUUGUACAGAGGGUCCUGAAAAGGAAUUCCUCGAACCCGUAAUUGCGUCAAACACCAAUCAAUCCAGCAAUCACGACGCAAUUUAUCUCAUAAUCUCGAAUUCCGAACAAAUGUUGGAACAAGCGGCUUUCAGAUCCUCUGUGAAUACUUACAAAUUCCUUCAUCUUCUUAGCGGACCCAGUGGCGGAUAUGAUGGUUUAACAAAGGAAAGUGGUGCGGUUAGCACGUGA